UACCGGAAAUUGGAAAAGGGUUCUUUUGAAAGGGGUACUUCGGGCAGCUGCUAAAGAAGCGGCCUACUAUGCGAAUUGUAAUUACUCCUACAGUAAUUAUUGCGGUGCUGACGCUAGCCGCCGCCUUGAUCUGUUGCACAGUCAUCGUGACAUUGUCAGUGGCGUCGGCUUUGGCAACUACCAACGGCCUAGUGCAACUCGCCAACAGUCACCACCUCAAUACCAAAAAAUAACGAGAAUAACAACGACGACCACAAUAAUCAUCAGGACUUCCAAAAUCAAUUCCAGAGCGAAUAUUACAAGCACCCUAUCAAAAAGGCUGGUCAACGUCAUGAGAAGAUGAUCCGAGAGUUGGAUGAAAGGGGUAUUAGUUUUAGGGAAGAAGAACAAGAAUUUGGGGAAAGUGUAAGGUUUGUAAUGGAUCACAGGUUGGGGUUGCCCUUUUCGGCACAGCCCUUUCUGAGGGAGGAUGAUCCCUUGAUCGAGGAAGUCGAGUUGGAGGAGGAACUGGAGAGGUUGCACCAGGUUGCAGAUUUUAGACGAAAAGAUGAUGGUACACAAGAUUUAGAUUAUACACGCAAAGAGAACGAGAACUAUGUAGUGGAUGAUGCUACGCAAAAUUUAGGUGAAGACCACAAUUUUGAUCGAGGACACAGUCGAAAAAAAAGAAGUUUUCAUCAUAAUUACAGUUAUCCGCAAAGACGCCAAGAGACUUUGCGAGAGAUGCAAAGGGAUUUGCGUGAAUCUAAUGAACCUCUGGACUGUUGUCCAUUUGAGGAACAAAUUGUUGAACCAGAAGGAGCCAAAGAUUUGGACGGAAUGUACGUAAGACUAUACAGAGACGGCAACACCACCCAAAGGUUUUUCGAAAACUCAUGUCGCGAAGACAUAGUAGAUCGUCCCUGCCGAUUCGUGCAUACCAAACUAUCUCUCCAAUCUCGUUGCGUUCAGAAGUACAUUUGGGUUUACGCAAUUGUGGCCCUUGCCAGAUCCGGACUCAACGUAGAAGAGUACAAGAAGCACCAGUUUCACAAUUUGCCAGGCCCUAACGACGGAUCUGGCUGGAGAUUAGAUUAUAUAAAAGUGAGGAGUGGCUGUAGUUGCCAAGUUUCUGCCAAGGAGAGACGAAGGGACAAUGGUAAUGGUAAUGGUAAUGGUAAUGGUCAUCAUCCGCCGAGGAGGAGUCAGCAUCAUAGAGGGUAUAAUAAUAAAAAAUAG